AUGGCAGAUAUGUUAUCUGAAAGUAUACCUAAACUGAAUUUAAAUGAAGGAGAUGAAAUUCAAGUUCAAAGCGAUUCUAUUUCUAUCUCAAGCACUAAUCGAUCAGACAAUAUACCAGCGGUAGAUCCGUUGAAACGAAGGAAUUUGUUUGUUUUAACAGAAUUGUAAGUUGAACGAGGAUAAUAUGAAUAUUGUUUUAGUCGAGCUAUUUGCAAUCGACCGCCCGAGGGAAUUUACGUUCGGCCAAGUGAAUUGGACCUUCUUGGUAAGUUUUUUAGUCGAUUGGAAACUAUGGGUGUUUUAUUAGGUUUCGAAACCAUUUUCAUGCGAAAGAUUUUAUAUUUUUUGUUUAUGUUGUUAUUGACUUACUUUUGUUUUAGAAUGGUACGGAGUUAUUGUGGUAAAAGCAGGAGUUUUCGCUGGAGGAAUCUUUAGAUUUACAUUAACUCUCUCUCCUAGUUUUCCAGACACAGACCAAGUUCCGGUAAGUUGUUUUUGUUUUGCUUUUUUUUGGGUUUUAGGAGCAUCAACUUCUUGGUUUUGGAUAUGAUUUCUUUUGAAAAUUAGAUAUGGAUUUAAAACUUUCGGGGAUGUUAGACAUCAAACUACUGAUAUAAAAUUCUUUAACUCUCAGACAGUAGAAUUCGAACUCAACCUCUUUCAUCCAAUGAUUCAUCCAAAAACAAACCGAGUCGACUUUCAUCGCUUCUUUCCUUCAGGAUGGUCUCCAGAUCGCAACCAUAUUCACCACGUUCUUCAAGCUUUACAAGCCUUAUUCUUUAGAUACGAUUGUACAUUAGAUCAUGCUGCUAAUGCUGAAGCAGCACUUUUGUGGGCUGAUGAUAGGAAAAAGUUUAAGAAGAUGGCAAAUACUGCGGUUAGAGACAGUCGGACGCAAAUUUAUGAUCUACCAAAGUCGGACGAUCCUCAGGCAUUGAAAUUCAAGCCUUGGGACGGGAGUAUUAUGGAGCCAGUUUUGGGUAUGAUACAUGGUGCUACUAAACCACCGAAAGACCAUCCUUUGAAUGAGGUUUUGUCAGUUCAGGACAAUCCUUUUGCCAGCUUUUUCAAUGUGGAGAAGACCAAGUAUUUGUGCGAUGUUUUGCCGGUAAGGACGGUUUUUUACAUAUGGGUUCGUAAGUACUCUAAAAUAUGAUAAAACAUGAGCAUUUUUAUUUGUAGACGCCUUUUUCUUAUAUUUUUUAUCAAAUUUUAAAAUAUUUUUAAAAUGUAUAUUAUGGUAUGUUCAGGACGUAAACAGCGACCGAAAGAACAGUGAUCCUGACUUGGACAUGGAUGUUCAGUCGGAUAAUGAAGAAGAGAUUCCUGACAGUUCCUAUGUUGGUGGAACUGAAGAGGAAGAUGAUGUGUAG